AUGUCGGACGCUAAGAGCGGGACUCAUGAGGAGGUGCACGGUAUCUCCUCUGCGGUAGACUAUGGGACAGGGCCUGAGGAUACCCCCCAGGUGAUUGCUGGAUAUGGAGAGACUGCCAAGCGCGAGGGUGCGAAGACGAAGGAAGUCCACAAUGCCGAACUCUUUGCUGCUAUUGAGGAAACCAAGAUUGAGCGGUGGAGCAAGACUUCCAUCCACCUCUACUUCUGUAUUUUCGUCGCUUUCCUCUGUGCUUGUGCCAACGGUUAUGAUGGUUCCCUCAUGGGAUCCAUCCUUGCAAUGGACCAUUGGCAAGCGAUCUUUAAAACUGGUCUCACAGGCUCAAAAGUUUCUGUUGUGACUUCCCUCUACACUGUCGGAUCUAUCGUCGCAACUCCCUUCAGCGCCGUCAUUUCCGACAAGCUCGGUCGACGCAAGUGUAUGUUUGUCGGUGCCUGGGUGAUUAUCCUUGGAUCGAUUAUCAUUUCGACUGCCAUGCAUCUGGCUCAAUUUGUGGUCGGUCGCUUUAUCCUCGGUGUUGGAAUCCAGAUCAUGGUCGUUUCGGCUCCAGCAUAUGCUGUUGAGAUUGCCCCGCCACACUGGCGUGGUCGUGCUGUCGGCUUCUACAACUGCGGUUGGUUCGGAGGCAGUAUCCCCGCCGCUGCGAUCACCUACGGCACAAACAAUAUCAGCAACAACUACCAAUGGCGUAUCCCGUUCAUCCUGCAGUGCUUCGCGUGUGUUAUGGUCAUUUUCGCAGUCUGGUUUAUCCCGGAGUCACCCCGUUGGCUCCUCACCCAAGGUCGCGAAGACGAGGCCCUUGCCUUUCUGGUCAAAUACCAUGGCAACGGUGAUCCCAAUGCUCGCCUGGUCCGUCUGGAGAUUGAGGAAAUGAAGGAAGGAAUCCGUGUUGACGGUAUUGACAAGAGAUGGUGGGACUACCGACCAUUUAUCACCACCCACAGCGGCCGCUGGCGCUUCGCACAGGUCAUCAUGAUCUCCGUCUUUGGACAGUGGUCCGGUAACGGUCUAGGAUACUUCAACGCGACCAUCUACAACGUCCUGGGAUACACCUCUAGCUCGACACAACUGCUACUCAACCUGAUCAACUCCAUCGUCUCGGCCAUCGGCGCCGGAACCGCCGUCUGUCUGACAGAUAAGAUGCCCCGACGUCCUGUCCUGAUCUGGGGAACGCUCGUCUGCGCAAUCACCAUGGCCAUCAACGCCGCCGUCUCGCUGCCCAUCGCCAACACUGGAACGAUCAGCCACACCAAGGGCCAGACAGCGCUGGCCUUUUACUAUCUUUUCAACGUCGUGUUCUCCUUCACCUACACCCCGCUGCAGGGUGUCGUCCCCGCGGAGGCACUGGAGACGACGACUCGUGCGAAGGGACUGGCUCUUUCUGGAUUCAUGGUUUCCUCGAUCAGUUUCAUUAGUCAGUUUGCGUCGCCGAUUGGUCUGGGCAAUAUCUCGACCAAUUACUUCUGGAUCUUUGUGGGUUGGGAUCUGGUUGAAUCUGUUUGCUGGUAUUUCUUCUGUGUUGAGUCGCAGGGUCGGACUCUUGAGGAGCUGGAGUGGGUGUACCAGCAGCCCAACCCUGUCAAGGCUUCACAGAAUCUGGAUAAGAUCGUUGUGCAGAAUGAUGGAACUGUCACAGAGAAGAUUGAAGCUGAUGCUUGA